UGUAGAUUACUGCAGCUCUUUUUUGCUUCACUGAGGACAGAUAUUUUACUGACAGCCAUGCAGCAUAAAGGCAUCAUACUGAUUGUGAUCUUGGAAUAUUUUCUUUCUGGCCCUGGGGAAGCAGAUCCCACAAGGCUACGAGCCUUCCGUUGUAAUGGCCGUUCUUGCAACCCUCCAGUGGGAAACCUUGCAACAGGGAGGACACCAGUCACUCUCACCACGUGUGGCCAGAACAGUACAGAACUGUACUGCUUCUACCUAGACCAGAAUCUCCUCCAUCAGGUCUCCCAUGGCUGUGGGCAGCCUCGCUGCACCAAAUGCAAUGCCAACCAGCCUGGUAACUCCCAUCUCCCUGCUGACAUGACAGACGAUUUCUUUGCAAACCCAAUCUCCUGGUGGCAGUCUGCCCAAGGGGUUCACAGGGAAGAAAUCAGACUGGACUUUGAAACAGAAUUCUACCUGACCCAUGUCAUUGCUGUAUUCAAGUCACCUCGCCCAGCUGCGAUGGUGUUGGAAAGAUCCCAGGACAAUGGGCAGACUUGGAGGCCCUACAAGUAUUUCUCUGUCAACUGUACAGCGACUUUUGGGCUCCAGGAUGAUCUCAUUGAGGAGGGCUCCAUAUGCACUUCCAGGUAUUCAGAUGCAGUGCCCUGCACCAGAGGAGAGGUGAUUUAUCGUGCCUUAAGUCCGGCUAACAAGAUUGAAGAUCCCUAUAGUCCUGAGGCUCAAGAUCUCCUGAAACUCACCAACCUCCGUCUCCUCUUGUUAAAAAGACAGGAAUGCCCAUGCCAUGGUUCAGGAUUGGUAGAGAAACCUCAGAGAUUUGCCCACUAUGCUAUUUAUGACCUGAUCAUCCGGGGAAGCUGCUUUUGCAAUGGGCAUGCAGAGGAAUGUGAGCUUGCCAACAGGACGGGAGUCAUGGAGAAUGUGGUCCAUGGGAAGUGUGUGUGUAGACACAACACAGCAGGAGACCACUGUGAGAAAUGUGCACCGCUAUACAAUGAUCGACCUUGGAAGCCAGGAGAUGGAAAAACAGGGGCGCCAAAUGAAUGCAGAAAGUGUCGCUGUCACAACCAUGCUGAUAGCUGCCAUUUUGAUCUGAGUGUUUGGCUGGCAUCAGGAAAGCGCAGUGGUGGGGUCUGUGACAACUGCAAGCAUAACACAGAGGGACAUCGCUGUCAAAGGUGCAAACCGGGGUAUUACCGAGAUAGAGGGAAACCCAUGUCUUCUACAGAGGUCUGCAAACCUUGCGCCUGCCAGCCAAUGGGUUCAGCCAACGCAACUUUCAGCAGAAGCUGGCGAUGCCACCCCAAGACGGGAUUCUGCUACUGCAAGCCAGGUGUGGCGGGCCCCAACUGCGAUAGAUGUCUCAUGGGCUACUGGGGCUUUGGAGAAAAUGGCUGUCGCCCUUGUGACUGUGCCAGAGACUGCGACCAGCAUACUGGAAACUGUUUCAAUGGCUAUGACAAUGAGCCAUUCUUUAAUAUCCCCAUUGGUGGACGAAUCCCUGACCUUGUGCAAACACCAACCAACGUGAGCGAAGAGGAGUGGAAAUGGAAUGACCAUGAGCAGGGCUUUUCUGCACUGAGGCACCCAGAAAAGUGUGUGUGCAAAGAAAAGGUGCUUGGAACCGUUGCUGACUUCUGCCAAAUGAAAUAUGCUUAUGUGAUAAAAGCAAGAAUCCUAUCAGCUCAUGACAAAGGGACCCAUGCAGAAGUUGUUGUGAAAGUGAAGAAGGUCCUGAAAUCAGGCAAAGUGAGAAUUGCUCGGAGCAACAGAAGCAUUUACCCAGAAUCCUGGACCAACAGGGGAUGUACAUGUCCUAUUCUCAAUCCUGGUACUGACUAUCUUAUAGCAGGCCAGGAGGACUCUAGGACCAGCAAACUCCUUGUGAACAUGAACAGUCUGGUGAAACCCUGGAAAGCAUAUUUGGAAAAACAAGUAUCAGAUAUUCUUCAAACUGGGUGCAAAUAAUUUCUGCUUCAGAAGUUACAGUGCUGAACUUUGCCUUUUAGUAACACCACAGUGAAAGGUGUAGUUAGUUCACGCGUUCCCAUUCAACAUGCUCCUAGCUGAAGUGAUGAAAGCAGACUUACCAUCCUUUCCUUUCACGUGCUUAGACAGGAAACUUGGGACAUGACUACUUUUUUCAAAAAAUGCACAGCCUUAUCAUACAAAAUUAACUAGUGCAUCAUACAUAGGUUACAAUUCAGUUCGUCAUUUGAGACUAACUCCACACAGCCAGAGAAUCAUUUUACAAAGCAAACCUAAAGAUAUGGAUUAGUGUUUCCAUACUUCAGGUCAGAGUCUGAUAUUAAUAUGUAUAAGCUGCUUACAUAAUGCAUUCAUUACUUGGGUGUAGUUUUCUUUAAGUGACCACUAACAGGCAGCAAUUUCUUUCAGCUUUACAAGUGGCAUAAUACUAAACAAGCAUGCCAAAUAAGACUUAUUAAAAAGAGCUCAGAUAGAUUUAACAUCACGCUGCAAUUAUGCCAAUACAAGGGGUUGCUUUCUAGAAGGCAAUAUUAUCCCAUUGCUGAACAGAACAAACUAACAUGUGACUUAUCUUGGGAGAACAGUGCUGAAGUCUGCUGCAGAAAGCACCUUGGCUCAGACCUGAUUCCAGAUCUAACCCUCGCUCUCCAAGGUGAUUUUGCUCUUUGCUGUACUUUAGUCUGUAACACCACAAAGGUUUCACAGCGAUUGCCACUAAAAAGCCUUAUGCCAGGAAAGAGCCAAAACAUGAGAGGAACUAGUAGCUGCUCUAAUGUUGGUAUUGUAACACUACAAAAGCCACAGAGUAGGAGGAGGUAAAUGGAUUUGCUGGACCGUGUAUUAAAUGAGGUAGCUAUAGUUACUGUGAGAGCAACCUGGCUAUUCAAACUGUGCUCAAGACUACUGGCAUUUGAUUGCACUAAGUGCUUUCAUUCUGCUUUAUUCCUCUUGGUCACACUUCGGGUUAAGAUACUGAAGCUAGGCUUCCUUCCCAUUGUGCCUGAGGAUUAUUUUACCCUCCACAGAAGUAUAGGAACGGUAAUAUCUGCACUCUAGGUAGAAAUAGCUCUUUUCUGCAAAAGCAUUCUUUCUAAAUCAAUUUUACCCUACCCUAUAGUAAUUAAGGGGUAGCUACCUGCAUCAUUCCCUAAUACAGUAUUUUGAGGAAAUUGUAGUUUAAGACCUGUGGCCCCUGUUUAAGGACUCACAAUCAAAUGAAGCUGGUUGGAGCACAUUCCCUCAUCAAGUAAAGCAGAAUAAUAGUGAGUCAGUCUAUUCUUUCAGGAGGUUACAGAGAAAAAGCAUGCACACGUACUACUUUUUGCAUAUUUGUAUUCCAUGUCUAAUAUUUUAAUGCUCUCAGGAAAGAGGAAAUACAUUCAUUUCGCACUGACUGCCACAUGGAGUAUCUAGAAAAACUAAAUACUAAUGCAGAAGGAUGUAGACUGGGACUUCCAUCUCAGGCCAUCAGUUUGUUCUCUUUAUCACCGGGAACCUGGAAAACCAGCUUCUUUCAUUCCAUUUGUUGCUGUUUUCCUUUUAAUCUCAUAUUGGUUGAACAGCAGAAAAAUCCUCAGCUCAUUUGGAAAUGGAUGACAGGCAGCUAUUUACAUAAUAAAAGCCCCACUUUUCUCCCACCAGUGCAUAAACUGUGUUUCUUCCUCCCCGCCUUUACAGGAAGCCUCCCCUCCUCCAUUGCCAUUGCUUUCCCUCUUUCAUUUCAUUAUUCAUUUGUUGUUACCUGAAGCAGUAUCCAACAGUGUGGCAUCCCCAACAAGCCAUUUAAUUAAUGCAAUAAAACACUUUUUAACCAAGGAAUUUAGCUUAAUUUGAAGUGUCAGCAUUCAGAAAUUAAAAGCAUAGCAACUGCUUUCUUUACUGUAUCCAGAAAUCAUCUCACAACAAAAAGAUCAACUAGUUGUCUUUCAAAUAUCAAUAAAAAUAAAGAUGUGUACAUGAAUUUACAGUCUGUUCUCAAAGGGCCUCUCAGAAUAAAUGAAAAUCAAGUGUAAGUUUAGACCUAAGCUAAGGAACAUGCUUUUCAACAAAGGCCAUUUUACCUGCAGGGAAUCUUACUUAAUGAUGAUCGUAUUCCAUUUUAGUUUAUGGUCAGUACCAUAUGAAAGCAAACUCCCAUGUUCUACAUUUUGUUCCAGACUGGUGAUGUUGUGGGGAAGGUAAACAUCUGUGUAGUUCCCUUCUGUGGAUGAAUGUUAUUUUUUAACAUGGUCACUUACAAGCAUUUCUAGCUACUGCUUGAAGGAAUACUAUUUGGAACAAUAUUGAUACCCUCGUGUGUUUUCUUGGGGCCUACUAUAAUACAGUGAUUAAUAACUACCAAAUGCUAACACCCUUGUAUUGAUGACAUGAUACUCAUCAAUAUAUGACAUUUCAGAUACCUCAAAAGUAGGUGAUACAUAUACACACAUACACACGCUUUAUAGAAAAGCAUAAAGUGAGUGGGGCCCCCAAAAAUACUCAGCUAAUUUCCUCUCCUCUUUCUAAUUUCACAUUCUUUUUGAAUCCCUAAUUUACUUGCAGGUACCCGUAUAGCUAAGUCUACUUCAUUCCCUCAAUUAGUUAGAAACAUUGCACAUUUUGUUCCAACUACCAGCUCUUGCUUAGUGGUUUUGCUCUAGAGAGUAGUAGGUAUUCCAUAAGUAUGGAAUUUAAUUUAAAAGUGAAAAGCGAAAGCACAUUAGGGUAAGUCAACACUGCAAGUUGGCUUCUUAAUGGUAUUAAUACUCCUGGCUAAUCAAGUACCUCUGAAUUCACAAAAAAGAAGGAUAAAAGAAUGAAGUUCCAACUCACAGAGAGCUAUCAUGUGCUUUGUUCUGCAGUGCUACAAUGAGGUAGCCUGUCUGAAAAUAAGUAUCUAAAUAUAGAUGAACCACAUAGAUCAAGUUAGAACAGCUAUUGAUUAAAGGAGAGAUGAGAAAGUUUCAGUUGAUCGCCAUGAGACUUAAGAAAAAUAUUUAUUUUCUUGUGUACCAGUACCUGAAAUGAAGAUGAGCAUAAGACAGCACAAGACAAUUGUCAUCCUAGCAGCAGCUGUUACACAUUCCUCAGAACAAGCAAACAAGGUCAUGCAUAGUAAAUAAAAAGAACUUCCGUAGAAGGUCUGGUGUUCCUGUACCAAAAAGAAUUGUUUUGUAGGGCUGUGUACAGUAUCGCAUACCUUGCAAUCCUCUCUGUGACUGUGUGUCUUAGGUGGCACAGUAAUAUAAAGGAUACUAACAGAAGUGGCUGGACAGUCUCUUUUAGUACAUCUAAAAUGGGACCCAUCUUCAAAGUGGCCGUAUGAACAACCCAAAUAGCAGCCAAAUAGACAAGGUGCCUCACAAGUAGGAGCAACCACAUACCGAACAGUAGCAGUAAUUUGUCACUUGGAAAUCCUGCAUAAAGAUGAAAUAAAAGCCUUUACCCACAAGAAAAGUCUGGAAAGCUGUGGCUGUCUAAUAGGGCAGAUGACAGUUUGAAGCAGAAGCACAUGUAACACUUCACAGCAGCAAACUCAGGACUGCUAGAGGUCAAAGUAGCUCUAACAGCUAUGCAGCACAUGUCUCCAUGAAUACAAAGGUCAUUCCAGCAACAUCAACCCUUAAACCAUCACAGUAGUUCACCAAAUGGCCAUUGUGAGUGCUGAGCCCCAACACCAAUGUACUGACACAUUGCUACAGAUACUUCCCCAGCUUCUGCUCUUGGUGAGCAGCUAAGAACAAAAAUGUGCCUGUACAGAACCUUUGUGCACUGCUCUUCUGAGAGUGGCUCACUGCUAUGAAGAAUAAGUUUUUUCCACUGUAGCAUUUACCAUGUCUCAUAAUUUUUCCAUGCUGCUUGAUGUAAGCUUUCUUUGAAUUGAUAUAAUUCACAUGGUGUGCUCCCUCAAGUCCCCCAGACCUGGAAAAGUUAGUGUAUUAUUUGUUAUGUGUUGUAGCACUUUUUUUUUUGUACUUAAAACUUCAAUUAAAAAUACUCAGACACUU